GGAGAAGAUCAACAACGGUCGUUGGAAGGGAUCGUUGACGAUUUCAAAUCAAAAUUCCAAUUUUCUCGCCACUUCAAUGCCUGCGUCUCUCUCGCCAUGAUCCUUGAGGGAAAUUUUCUUAAACCCUCUCAGAGGUUGGUUGCUCUAGCAAUUCUUUAUAGAGUAUAUUCUUCCCAACAGCCUUCAUCAAAUCCUUUUAUCUCGUUGCUCGUAAAUGCUGCAUCUGAUGAAGCGGCUGAAAAAAGUGAAAGGGCAUUUAUUCUCCAGUUGCUAUGUUCUGCCAACAGUGAAGAGAUUUUGAAACAGUCUGCUACAGAUUACAUGAGAAGUUUUGACCCUUCACGGCAUUCUUUCCCACAACACGAGCAGUUGCAACAACAGUAUGGAGGUAAAGCUCUACCAGAAAAAUAUAAUUUCUUGUUCAAGAGCAACACAGUGAGUAAUAUUAUUCCAGAUCCCGAUGUGCCACACGGAUGUGAUAGCAGUUCAGCAGAGUUUGAUUUGCAAUUGGGAUCUAAACCAAAGAUCGGAUCUGGGGAUGUUGAUGAGACUAUUAGUGGACUGUUGUCAAAAAUGUCCUUCCAAGGAUUAGGACCUCAGUGGAUACGGCCUCGCCCUCCUAGGCUUCCAGUGUUGGAUUGUGAGCUAGUGUGGCUAAACCCUGAUUCCAACUAUGAGCUUAAGUGGGAUCAUGGAAUGUGUGCUGAUACUAGCAGAGGAGAAGCAAUGAGGGAUUCGAUUGCAAAAGCUCUGAAGGGACCACUUGCUCCUGCACACCAAGAGCAAGUUGUAACAGAGUUGGCGAAUGACCCAAAGCUAGUAUACCAUUGUGGUCUAACACCGAGGAAACUUCCAGAGCUUGUUGAGAACAAUCCUCUUAUUGCAGUAGAAGUUCUUACUAAGCUAGUGAAUUCACCAGAAAUUGCUGAAUACUUUACAGUUCUUGUUAAUAUGGAAAUGAGUCUUCAUUCAAUGGAAGUAGUUAACCGACUCACACAAGCAGUUGAUUUGCCAACUGAAUUUAUACAUAUGUAUAUUACCAACUGCAUAUCUUCCUGUGAGAAUAUCAAGGAUAAGUAUAUGCAGAACAGAUUGGUAAGGCUCGUUUGCGUCUUCCUGCAGAGCUUGAUCCGGAAUAAAAUAAUAGACGUUCAAGACCUGUUUAUUGAAGUGCAAGCGUUUUGUAUCGAGUUCUCAAGGAUUAGGGAAGCCGCAGGAUUAUUUAGGUUGCUUAAAGCCUUAGAUGAUUCUGUGGAGGCCUCCGCCACUGCUGCUGCUACUUAAAAGUCUUACGCAAAUCCCUUUAUUCAGUCGAGCCGCUGGACUAAUUGCAUUUAUGGUCUUCCCCUCAUCCCCCUGUACUUCAUUUCCCCUUCUUUUGUAGUAGCUAGUAUAUAUUUAUUUUUUAUACACUUCUUUGCCUCUGGCUCUUGCCUAUCUAUGUUCCUGCCAAUCCAUGUGUAUGUUAUUAUAUCUGGCUAAUUAUUGGUAUAUAUUUUCCAGAAGCAUCCAAAUUUUUACGUUCUCCAGCCGGUUCCGGUCCCAAAAUAAAU